UCCAUGAUCAGCAGACAGGGAGUGGGAUGGGUGAGAGCUCUGAAAGCAAAGUCGCCUCUGAGAAUAUAAUGUUAAUGCUUGACGGGAUGCCAGCAGCAAGAGUCAAAGCAGAGCAACUGGAAUCUGAGCAAGGGUCUCCUCCAGCCACUAAUUAUGCAGAUAUGGAUGCUGUUCCCGUUUUGCUUAACAAUGUGAAGGCAGAGCCUCCAGAGGACUUGCUAUCCACUGAUCAAUAUCAGACACAAACUGAGCCAGUGGACUUGUCCAUUAACAAAGCCAGGAUAUCACCAACAGCAGUUUCAUCAUCACAGUCAUCACCCAGCUCCAUGACAACAACGUCAAUCUGCUCAACCUCUUCUUCCUCUCCUCGAUUGACUUCAUCUCCAACUGUGAUAACCUCAGUGGGUUCAUCAGCAACAGGAAUGCCAACAGUAUUAGGACCAGGCUCCAUUGUGGCAUCUACACCGGGUGUUGGGGGCCAGCAGUAUUUACAUAUAAUCCACCCAGUGCCAUCUUCAAAUCCAAUGAACUUUCAGUCCAACAAACUGAGUCAUAUGCAUCGCAUUCCAGUGGUUGUACAAUCCCUUCCUUUGGUCUACACUGCCAUGAGGUCACAGGGAAACCUCAACUCUACCAUUGUACUCCCGAUGAUAGAAGAUGGCAGAACACAACUGAAAGUGGACACACAGAGGUGCAUUGUGAAAAGACCACUCAGCCUGCCGCCGCACAGCAUAAUACCACGGAACCACUCCUGGCACAGCACUAUAAUUGAAGGGGAGCUGGCACAACUAGACUCCAGAACCCUGUCGCCCAGGCAUAUCAAAAGUGAUAGUGAAGAUGAUGACCUGCCAAAUGUGACCUUGGACAGCGUUAAUGAAACUGGUUCCACAGCGCUCUCUAUAGCCAGGGCUGUACAAGAUCAAGGGAGGCUUAAACACAAACCCAGCCUGCAGUUACUGCAAUCACCCUUCAACAAUAUCAGAAUUUCUGAUUCAUUGUUCAGUAUUGAGGGUACAAGACGUCAGCGACGAUCCGAGUCCCCUGAUUCAAAGAAGCGGCGCAUACACCGGUGUGAUUUUGAGGGCUGCAAUAAAGUGUACACGAAAAGCUCUCAUCUGAAAGCCCACAGGAGGACACACACAGGUGAGAAACCUUACAAGUGCACGUGGGAAGGGUGUACGUGGAAAUUCGCUCGUUCAGAUGAGCUGACAAGGCACUACCGCAAACACACAGGGGUAAAACCCUUCAAAUGUGCAGACUGUGACCGCAGUUUCUCCCGCUCAGAUCACCUGGCAUUACAUCGCCGAAGACACAUGCUGGUUUAAUGGUGCUGUGAGAACAGUGUGGCAUCAGAACAGGGUCUCUUUUACUCACCAGAAUUCAGCUGGGCUGAAUUCUCAUGAGUGUUGAUCGAGGAUACCUCCAUACGUCCAGAAGAAAAAAUGAUAUAGAGAAAGAGAAAGCACUCUUGGCAUCUUUCUUACCGCUGACAGUCAGAUCCGACUGUCAUUGAGUUGGCAUUUUAGAUUAUUUCAUUUUGUUUUUUGUUGUUGUCAAAGGCGUUUCAUAAUAAGUUGGUGCAUCUUUUUUAAAAACAAAAUAGUUCUCAGAUUUCAACCUUUUCAUUACUUCCACAAUUCUUCAACUACUAUCUCAAUUAGAUACCUAACAAAUGGCAGUAGUUAGCUCUAAAUGUCAAGUUUUAAACAUUAUCUGAACGUAUAUCUUGUAUUCCAUUUUCAUGUCAUCUGUUAGUGCACCUGAUUUUGUACAUUCAGAAACCUGCCUUGUACUAACCUCAUUUGAGAAAUGGGAAAAAAAGAGAAAAAAGACUAUUGUUCUCGUAAAGUCAGCUAUGUGUCAAUAGCAGGACUGUUGAUCAUGAUGAAAUGAUCAUUAUUCUGCAAUAAUAGAUCAGAUCUAAACCUUCUGUAGUUGAAGAAUUACCCAGGCACUGUGAUCACACACAGAGAUCUCUGUUAGGUUACAUAAGCCAUGGGACUUACCAACUGCAGUAAUAUAUUGUAUUAUAACUACACCUUGAAAGUACUAGAAGCUGCAGUGUUAUGCCACCUGCCUAACAGUACCCACCAGGAAAGUGCAUUUCUCAUUAAAACUGCGUUGUUCCUAUCUGUCUGUACUUUUUAAUAGUGUGUGGUAUCACACAGUGUUAAAGACAUGCACUACCUAUUUAAUGCACAAAUUGGCAACAUAUAUUUUUUCGGGCAAAAGUUAUUUUAUCUUUCAAUUAGAUAAGAAUUCCUUCUUCAGCAACAUUUUUAGAUUUUUAGAUUAGGUGCUUUCAUUGCAAUAGUUUUAAUUACAUUUGUUGGGCUGUCUAUAAUUACCUAAUGCCUUAUUUUUAAAUCAUAUUUCAUUAGAAAUUAUCACUUGGUAGAAGGAUGGUAUAAAAAUGGAGAGUCUAUAUCGACUUGAUAUUAUUCAAAAGUAAAUUUACCAUUAAAUACAGUGCUACAUUUACCUCCACAAAAUACAGUAAUGGUAGAGAUAACACAUAAUGAAAUCCUCCAAUGCUGUAUUGUCCAGUAAUGCCUGUUAUUUUUGGUGGGAUUUCAUUAAUGCUACAUUGAGAACGUGGCAGAGGCACAUCAGGUUUAACCUGCAGCCACAUCAUCUUUCAGAUCAAUACCAUUUGAAUCAAAUGCAGUUCUGAACUCCCCCACUCCACAAUCGUUGGUCGCUCGCUGGCAUGCCCAUUAUAUUAUGCAGUGUGUAAUAAUAAAAGACAUGCAAGGUGAAAAAUGGUCUAAGCUCCUGCAGAUGAAAGGCAGAAGAUGGGGAGAAAAUUAAUAUGUUCGUAGUCAUUGGCAAAGACAACCAGUGAAGAAAUUGCUGCAGCCCUUCAUCGCAUCAGAUAUUACUCAGAACUAUAUAUUGCAGUGCGCUACUGUACAAAGUAGAAGUGCAUGGAUGUAUUAGAUUCCUUUUUCUUAACAGGGAUAUAAACAACCAUAAUUGGUUCUUUACGCAAAUGUAAAGGUCCACUUUAUUGGAUUUCUGUUACAGCACCUAAUGAUCGUGAACCUUGUGUAUAGUAAAUCUUUUCUAAGUGAUCACUGUCUUAACCAUGCAAUCACAGGUAAACUCUUUUUCACCUCACUGUUGAGGAAAAGCCCAGUUUUUAUAUGAGUGUUUAUCCAUAUUUUGUUGACUGGUUUGUAAUCGACUUUUUAAUUGUAUGUACAGUAGAUGACAUAUUCAUUCCACUCAUCUGCUUUAAGACAGCAAUAUUUCUAGAGAAAGAGAAACGGAAAAAACAGACAAAAAGACUGAUCAGCACAGCAGAGAGUUGCUGAUGUUGAUUUUCAAGGCCUGCCAGUAGCAACUUCUAACCUGAUUAAUGUGACAUUUAUAUCAUAUGAAGAAAUAAAGGACGAGUUUGAGGUGGCUAUCCUCUGAUAUAUUGAUUUUUAAUUGUCUUUUCAAGGAGACAAUACUAUCUUUGUACAAAUGUGAAAUUGGAAUACUAAUAGUGCAGAGAUGAUUCUUGUGUUGCACAAACUCUCGAUGAUGUUGAAAGUGUUAAAGCCCCUUCCUCCCACAGGGCAGUAUUCUUCAAUAUCCAAACUGUUGGCCUCCAAGAUAGAGUUUGCUAAAGUGCCCACAGUAAAAGAUGAACCAUCGUCUUUAGCAUAUCUCAGUUUUUUUCUUCCCAAACCCCAGUUUUCUUCAACACAUCCUCUUCUGUGAAACUAUGAAAAUGUUUAUUCCACCUAUUAAGAAUAAAAUACUUAGUUUAUUUUCUGUGUUUGUUUCUCAAACUGAAAAUCUUUCAGAAAAUAUGCAUUAACCUUUUGCCUGAACUUAAUUUUAAAAAAAACUUAUACAACCCAUCAUUUUGUAAAACAAAAAAAGAAAAUGCUGUGAAGGCAAAGGGUUAGAAUUGCACCUUAAGAGAAUAAGUUGAGGUGGGUCAAAGGAUGAACAUAUGAUUUCUUGGAAAUGAAUACUGUCCCUUUAAAAAUUGUCAUCUCCUUUGGAGCCAAAAGACAUGAAUGUCUUGCACUUUGAAAUAGUCUCAGUUAAAAAGAGAUUUAUACAGGGAUUAACAUCCAAACUCUCAAAAACCAUUCUGAUAUUUUACUGUACUAGUGACAACUAUUUUAAAUAAAAUGUAUUAUACAUGAGAGUUUAAAAGUAUUUUGAGAGUCAUAGUUUUACAAUAGGCUGUAAAUAGUGAGGGAGAAACUAAAUUGGAAAACUUCUCAUUUUUGUUCAAAAGUGCACCAAGUGAAUAUUGGGAUAAAAAAAACAUAAUUGGCUGAUUUAAGAAAGUGCUUGUGUUAAACUUGCAAUAGCUUUUAAUUCCAGUCUUUCUUUCUUUACAAAUAAAUCAGAACGUUUCAUUCUUCUGAAGAUUUUCUUUCCUGUUCUUUGUACACUAUUUAGUUCAGGCAAUAAUUCAUGACACGUUUACUAACAUUUAUGUAAGUGUUGUUCUUGUAUUUAUGUACAAUGUAUGUAUUGUAAAUAUAUUCAGAGCUUUUCAUCUUACUGUAAAAUGGUGGCAUCACCCAAAAAUUGAAAGGGAUUUCCUGCAUUGAGAUUCUGUCAGGAUUUUUUUCUCUCCAGUCUCUUCUGAGACAUAAAUGAACAAGUGUUUAGUUUUCCAUGUGUCCCAAACACUCUCUUGUCAUUGCUUUGCAUUUCUGUAUUCAACUUUCAUAUGAGCUGAGCUGUGAAUUGAAGAACUAUAGUACACAUCUUUAAGUGUAUGCAUUUGUAAUUACCUGAAUUAUGAAUGGAGGCAUGAAGGUUAAAUAAAAUUGCUUUUCUAUGUAAUAAACCAGAAUUGCACAGGCUCAGAACAGAUUAGAUAGCAAGGAUUUGUUUGUAAAUGUGGGUGGAAUUAAACACCUAAAAUGCUUACAUGCAACCAGUUGUUCUAGUAAAAUAUAUCAGUGAAUUUGGAACUUUGAAAAAAAGGAUGGAAAUGUGGUAUAUGAUGAUUAUCACAUCACAAACCACAUAUUUCAUCCCUUUGUUUCUAAUUUAUCUUCUUGACUUCUUAUGUUUCACCUCCACCUGCAAAAUAGCCCAACAGUAAUAAGUUUACUAAACGUACUCCAUAAGGUGUGUUAUAGCAGCAGUGUGUUACAAAGGGUAUGUUAUAUCGUUUCUGUGUUACAGAAGUAAACCUAAGCAAUGAAUGUAAUAUCAGAAAGUCUUGGCAUAUGGCAAAGUAUUAAAAUAGGAGGCUAUAAUGUGUCAGAUUUCAUCCUGUAUCUGACAGGUUACACACAAUAAACAGUAUUCCUCAGUGACUGUCCUUGUUACCCAUUGUAAAGGAUAUUUUUUUCCCCCUGAAUCAAUGUUAUCCUACUGAUGGUAGCUAUGUCAUAGUGCUCCCCUGUGAAAGAAAAAUAAAGUUCACAACUACUUUGACUAUG